AUGCACGCCAGACUUGCUAUGGUGUCCACUCAAUUCCGUGCUACCGAUACCACCAAACAAUGCAUGCAAUUGGGACCAGUCAUAAGUGUGCAGCUUGUGUUUCAACAGAUGAAUACCACCACAAAAGGCAUAGGACAGUGUAUCACAGAGCUUGUGGUUGCCUACCGACAGGCUGUCGGAGAAGAUCCAACGGGACUUGCGGCUGAGAUCGAACGCCUAAGCCUGGAAAAUGCGGCCGAACAGCCUCACUUUCACCGAUUUGCCGAUAUUGCUUGGGAAGAUGACGAGGAGGGUGCCAAUCAAGAGGACGACGCAAGCACGAAUGAAGGAGCUGAAGAAGAAAGGCCCAGCUUGAAUGAGCCAGAGCCAGGCAACGCUUCAGAGACUGUCGCAAGUACAAGCACGGCCGGUGACAAUGAGGGCUAUCCACAAAGGAAGCAGAACAAGGCCGAGGUCCGCGCUGCCAAAAAGGCAUUCAAAGCUGAAAGGUCUUGGGCAAAGGCGGCGAAAAACCAAAGGAGGCAGUCCGUCCCAGUGCGCAGUGAGGACAUCGAAGCUGUCGAGCGUGUCCUGCAUGGUGAACAUGCCGCAGAAGCUGCCGCCAGUCAUCCUCUCGCAACAGACAAGACUGUUGAAGACGUGAUCAACAGAAAUCGAAGCUUUGUGGCAAGCAUUGAGGCACACAAGAAGCAACUCCUGUUCAGCAUUGCUCGAAAGCGCAGGACUGGCCGAGAAAGGCAGAGGUCGAGUGGCAACUGCGUCAAGGGAAAGAGGAGAAAGUCAGAACUGUCUGAGGAGAAGGAAGCCGAUAUGGACGACCUUGUGACUGCUGUUUUGGCCAAUCUCGGCAUCGACCCUGCGCAUAUCGGUCACUGUGGCCCAGGUUCUGGCCCGAAGAAAGGGAACAAGGGUGCCGGCGGCGAUACAGGUGCGUCUGCGGCAGCGAUCAUUGCCAACUUGAAGAAAGAGAUCAAAGAGGAUCUCAGGACAUUUGAGCACGAGCAAAGGGAAGUCUGCAUCAGGGCUGGUGGAUUUUGGAGGUACGUGGGCAGCAAAGUGUUUGAAAGGAUGACAAAAAUCGCCCAAGAGGUGGAUUGGAAGACAGGAAGAAAGUUGAAAGAGUAG